GUUAUCCCUGUAGGUACAGGGUGUAGGUAUGUACAGGGUAUCGGCACAAGGGAUGUUGAUGCGAUCCGAUUUUCGAUCCCUUAUCCGAAUAAGUUGUUUUUUUGCAGCUUCUAGAACCUGCUGAUCCCUUUAUUUAUAUCUCCUUCCUCUUGAUUUUUUUUUGCUUUCUUUGCUUCUUGAGUUCUAGUCAGUAGAGUAGACUUAAUAGAGUUUCUUUAAUACUCAUUCACUCGUUACUCUUACACCUCAUCGCUGCAAUAUUGUAGCUGUCAUUCGCUUUGCUAAAUAACUUUUGGUCUUGGAUAUUUAAUACAGUAAUAAUUAUAUAUAUCUUACAAGAUGCGCUUCGCUUCUUCCGUCCUCGGCCUCGCGGCCACGGCUAGCACCGCCGUUGCUGCUGCUACUGCUGCCAACACUGGUAUUAAGGGAUUCAACUACGGAGCUUUCUUCCUUAACCAGGCCGCUAAGCAGCAAGCCGACUUCGAGUAUGAGUUCAACCGCGCCAAGAACCUCCAGGGCACAAGUGGAUGGACGAGUGCCCGUCUCUACUCUAUGAUCCAAUGGCAAACCGCAAACACCGUUAUUAGCGCUAUCCCGGCGGCCAUCAACACCAAGACGACCCUUCUCUUGGGUCUCUGGGUUUCGGGCGGUGACCAAGCUGUCACAAACGAAAUCGCGGCCCUGAAGGCUGCCAUCAGCCAAUAUGGAUCCGCAUUCACCAACUUAGUUGUUGGUAUCUCUGUUGGUAGCGAGGAUCUCUACCGUGACGCUAGCGGCGAAGUCGGCGUCGGCCCCCAGAAGCUCAUCGACUGUAUCGAAAAGGUCCGAAGCGCCGUUGCUGGUACUCCUCUUGCCGGUGUGCCCAUCGGCCACGUCGAUACCUACGACUCCUUCCUGAACGGUACCAACCGAGCCGUCAUCGACCACAUCGACUGGCUCGGCUUCGACGGCUACCCGUACUGGGAGCAGAGCUUGCCUAACAGCAUCGACCACGCGCACGAACGAUUCUAUGACGGACUCAACAAGACUAUUGCUCUAGCUGGAAACAAGCCUGUCUAUGUCACCGAGACCGGAUGGCCCGUAUCUGGAAAGACUGUUGGUCAAGCCGUAGCUAGCCCCGCAAACGCCCGCAUCUACUGGCAAGACAUUGCCUGCAGCCUGAUCGCGCGCGGUGUUAACCUGUGGUGGUACGACCUUCAGGAAUCUCAAUGGGGACAAGCCUCACCAGAUUUCGGUAUCUUCCCCGCCGGUGACCUUAACACGGUCAAGGCGAGCUACGAUCUCUCUUGCGUAAGUUUGAUCCUUUGUUGAUAUACUUAUUUUUCAUAACGACUAACAAUUCCAUAGUAAAUGCCAGUGUUAUGAAAAUAGAGACACACAAUUAUAUAGACUUCCUUCGCAUAGAUAUUGUAAUCGUCAUGGUCUCCCCAGAGCGUUAUGGCGUUAAUACCCGUUGUUAUUCAGCUGUAUGGGUAUAGAGGUUAGACUAGUUCCGUUGCCGGCACGGUGAUGGGAACUCUUCGCUUGGAUAUGUAUAUAUAUACAGUUAACUCACUGCGCUACAUAAAUAUAUUCUCUGGGCUAGUUGGCUCAACUCUAUAA